AUGGACUACAGUGACUACAGAUGCAAGCUUUGCCAAGCCUUCUGCGCAGCAGAAGCCUUCAGCGAUAAGCAGCGUAAAAGGCUCCGGGCUGGCAAGACGGGCAGUUGCGCUGGUUGCCAAGAAGACAUCUUAGCGCUGAAGCGAAGCGCCUUCGCUGCGCAAGAGCGGAGCGCUGACGGACAGCUAGAAUCCGUCUCCGCGGACAACUGGCGCUUCUGGCAAGAGGGCUUGGCCGCGCUGCCUCGUGGCCACGAGAUGCUGAGCCGCUGGCUACAGAAAGAGCUGCGUCGCUCUGACUCGGAAGCUGAUAGCGCGCGCGUGGGCAUGGCCCCAGCCUGGCUCGAGGAGCUGAGAGCGGAGCGAGUCUUAGCCUAUGAUGCCGUGGCCUACCCGUUCGAGCAGCUCUUCUGCGCCAUGUUCGAGACCUCGGACCUCGCUGGGCUGCACAAGGCCCCUCUGAACCAGGUGCCUCUCUGCCCGACGCUUCUGCGAGCCUACCACUUGGCCGGCCUCAAACGGCCCAAGAGUUGGCGCCAGAAGGAGAAGUGGCAGAAGCGCUACGUGCAGAGCUUUCGGCGCAGCGCCCAAUACCUCUGCUUCCUGGAGGUUUAUCAUCGCUUCAUGCUGGAGCUGGUGGUGCCGAUGCUUGGACACGAGCUGCUCUACCAAUGCCCGCCUACUCUGCGGUGCCAGAUGCCGGGAGUGGUUCCUAUGGGCAGGCCACAUAGAGACUCCGACUUCGCGGCGCACCACGGGGCGGAGAUCAACUUCUGGAUCCCCGUCACGCAGGUCUGGGGCUCCAACUCCCUGCAGACGGAGAGCGCGCCGGGCAGAGAGGAUUUCCAUCCCUUGCAGCUGGGGCCGGGAGAGCUGGUGGUCUUCAACGGUAGCCGAUGCCUGCACUACACCCUUCCAAAUGAAACUGACAGCGUACGCGUGUCCUUCGAUUUCCGCGUCAUUCCCAAGAGCCUGGCGGGAAACUGGCGGCACGUGGUCAAAAGCACCACUGCGAGUGAACUCGCUCAAUACGAGUUCAUUUGCACGGAGCAGCAACGUGACCUCUUGGCGUCGAGAAAAGAGAUCAGCCACGCCAACGGAUCAAAAGACUCAUGCAGUCAAGCAGCCGCCCAGAAUAUCAUUACAGCUAGGUAA